AUGUCUCCUCUUCUUCCGGUGUCGCCCGUGAUGGGCAGAAGAGUUUCUCCUGUGUCUUUGCAUGCCCUCACCACCCCACUGGGGAUUCGUCAGAGACAGAAUCUGGCGCCUCGCCUUUCCCCGAUCAGCUGUCGAUCCACCGUGGGCGCCUCGCCCCCCGCCGCUUCUUUCCCUCCGUCCUCGUCUUGUGCUUUGUCUCCCAACCUGAGAAGAGCUGGACUUUCUGGCCUUCUUCUUUCUUCAACACCGGGGACUUCGUGUGAAACUACACGUAUCACUCGCAGGGCCGGAGCCUCCUCUUCUUCGUCUUCCUCUUCCUCUCCUCGUUCCUCUUCUGACUUCCUCGGCUCUGCCUGCUCUUGCGUCUCUGCCUGUUUCUCUUCGCCGCGUCUCUCCCCUUUUCGCCCUCCACUUCGUUUCGAUCUCGCGAUAACAACGCGCGCCUCGCGCAUGCUGAAGGACUUUGCAGCAAAGAAGCAGCUGGCGUCGCAGGCGCGUGCCUUCUCAGCGUUGACAAGAGAUUCCGUCGAAAUUCAGCCGGCCUUUGAUCGUUUGGAGGGAUUUCUUCUCUCCAAUCUUCCACCGGAAGUGACGAACAACCAGCAGCUGCUGUCGAGUCUCCUCGGACGCUCGGGUCUUCCCGUUCCUCCACUCACAGACGCUUCGUCGUCCUCUUCCUCUUCUCCUUCCUCUUCGUCAACUUCUUCUUCCUCUUCGUCUUCGAACUCGGCUUCCAUUUUGCUUCAGCGAUCUCGUCUAGGGCGCACUGCAGGCCGAUGUCUUGUUCUCCUUCCUUUUCCGAGUUCGGCCUUUUUGACGGGAGAAGACAGGAAGGCGCUGCAGACGCGACUCGCGGCAGUCCUUCCUGCCGGGUCGACGGUCACUGCAUGCGACCGCAACGAUGUCGAAAACUGCAUUGAAGAGUUUGAACGCUACUUCUUCCUGACUGAAGAUCUUCAGAGACUGGGGGUCCCGAGCAACCUUCGGAAGGUCGUGACUCUCUCGCCUGUGCCCCCUACGUAUGGGCGGAGAGAAGUCCGAGAUCUUCUGCGAGAGCAUGCAAACGUGGAUGUGGACCCUCGAGAUAUCGUUUUUCGAUUUCGGAAAGAUGGAGUCCAAGGCGAUACGUGCUACGUCCUCUGUCGCAGCGAACGGGAUGCUGGUGUCGUUCUCGCCAGGAUUCAGGAGACAGCUGUCCCCAAUCGCGUCCAUUAUGGCCAGCUUUUCGGAUGUUCGUUUCUCUGGGCAAGCCGGUCCGCUCUCUUUCUCUGCGACUCUCAACUUGACUACCUCCCAGCGCGCAGUCCCUUCCAGGUUUUUACCACGGGCUGGGAAGGCGACGUGAGCGAAGAAGAAUUUAAAAAUCUGGCGUAUCAACUUCGUCUCUUCCCCAAGGCAGUCCGGAAGUUCUCUCAUCCUGGCGGCGAGGAUGUCAGUUCCUUUUUCCUCGAAUUUCAUCGCAUGCGCGAUGCGAAGCUGACCAUGAGUCGGCUGCAGCUUCUUAGGCGACGCUGGCGGAUUGGCGCCAACACGCCGUUUUUCGGUUUUCUCCGCAUGGCUGAUCUCCGAUUUGAGGACGACGUGAAGUUCGCCGACGAGGAUUCGGCUGCGGACUCGGACUUGGAUGAACCCAUUGACUAUUAG